GGAAGCCUCCACCCGACUUUCUUCCAAAUGGCAAAGGCUUCGGAGAAAACCAGGCAAGCGCGGCGUGCACGCAGCCACCCCCAAAUAACCAACCGGGGUCCCGACAUCCCAACGGUCCCUUCAUCUUUCAUCAUUCCGGAAUGUCACCCAAAGACAGAAUGGAAACAGACUGCAAUCCCAUGGAGCUAAGCAGUAUGUCGGGGUUCGAGGAAGGCUCAGAGCUUAAUGGCUUUGAAGGAACUGACAUGAAAGACAUGAGGCUGGAAGCUGAAGCAGUUGUGAACGACGUUCUCUUUGCUGUGAACAACAUGUUUGUCUCGAAAAGCCUACGCUGUGCAGAUGACGUGGCCUAUAUCAAUGUGGAAACAAAGGAAAGGAACAGAUACUGCCUGGAGCUCACUGAAGCAGGACUCAGGGUAACUCGGUUUUCUUCGCACACUCACCCAAAAGUGGUAGGUUACGCUUUUGACCAGGUGGAGGAUCACUUGCAGACUCCCUACCACGAAACCGUCUAUUCUCUGCUGGACACACUCAGCCCUGCCUACCGGGAGGCGUUUGGAAAUGCGCUGCUUCAGAGACUAGAAGCUUUGAAAAGGGACGGACAGUCUUGACUAAGUUGUUUCCUGUCAGAUGGGGCUGCUUCUGGUACAGAAUGUCCACAUGAAACUUGAAGUUUUUGCACAUGGUCAUAAUUGAAAAUGCUUCUUCAGUUCUGUGUGUUUAUCAUUUGCUUCAGAUUUAGGCUUUUGGCUUAGAACAUCAGUGACCUAAUCAGUUGUCUUAGUUUCUGAUUCAUUAAGGGAAUUCUGAGGCCAUUGCUAUGACACCAUCAUAGGACAUAAGAUUUCUUCAUAUAAUUUCUCUGCAUCUCAGAACCUAAUCAGUGUUUCAUUCUCUUAUUACAGGGCUUUGAUGCUGCCAGCACUCUCUUUUACAUAUGAAAUUCUAGAUUUGCACAGUAAUAAUAGGAAUUAGAAUUACCUAACUUCAAACAUGGAUUCAGCCUGCUAAAUCAGGGGUUUACUACUAGCUUGGACUGACUUUGUAGUGAUUAUUUUGCUACUGGCCUUAUUGGAAACAAACUAUUGACUAGUUUCCCCUGCACAAAUUUUGAGAUUCACUGCUUCACUUAAUCUAUUUAUAUUGCUAAUAUGGUUUGAAAAGAUGAAUGACUUAUAUGUUCUAGCUAGUAUUAAAUAAAAACAGGGACCGAAGUCGUGCUUGUGCUCCUUGUUUGCAGCAGCCAGCCAGCUAAGCAGAAGAUGAACCGUUAGCAAAUGAAUGUAAUAACUACUUGUUUCCAAGACAUCUAAGCACAUAAGCAAAUAUAGGAACAGGCUUCAUUCCCAACAAAAAGCAUCCUCAAUGUGUGUGAUUGAAAAGAAGAUUCUGGUUUCCUAGAAGACAAUAUUUUGGCCUGUGUUAAUUCUUAUUCUGAAUGUUUGUUUACAUAAUGUACAGUAUAUAUUCAGAAAGUAUUUUUGCUUCAACAUUUACUUUCUAUAACGUAGUGCUUUGGUAUUCCCAUGGCACCCCUCCUCCCCAGUAGAUGGACAGUGUUCUAUCUCAGUGCUAAAUGUACAGUGUAAUGUGAGUGCAUUGUAUGGGUUUGAAACCAAAGGAUGAAUGAAGCAUUCAGAGACUUAAUAUUUGAAAAAGAGAUACUCUGUAUUUUAUAUUUUACUACAGGUACUAAAAUUUAUAAACUUAAUAAAAUGUCCAUUGCUGCUGCAUGUUUUCAAGUACAUGUCGAACAAUAAGGAUUGAGGAAUUUUUUUAAUAGUCACCUGAAGCAGCUGCUGUAGAAAUAUUGAACUAAAAUUCUGUUUCCAGACACACCUUCAUGAAUUUGUCAUUUGCAGAUUUUUUUUCUGGUCAUUAUUUGAAAAAUAGGCAUUUCUAGGUUCCAAAGAUCACAUGAGGGCUAUGGGUGUAUCUCAGUGCUAGAGCAGUACUUGCCUAGCAUAUGUGAGGUCCUGGGGUUCAAUCCCCAGCACCAAAAAAGGAAGAAAAAGGAUCACUGGACCAGAGCAAAUUAAAGUUCAGUUUUCUGUCAUUAUCCCUGUCAGAGCUCACUGAAAUGCGUGUGAUGGAUAACGUAUGUUCACUCUCGACUUUAUUUUCAGACGCUUAACUGGGCAGUGAAGUCUAACUUCAGGUUGAACUUUCUCAUGCUUAAUCUCAGGCUAAAUGUAAAUGAUAUUUGUAAAGUUUGAAUAAAAUUCUGUUUAUCAUUUUUUGAGUUAACUAUGAAGAAAAGCAGUUGUGUUUAAAAAUUGAAAUUGUUCAUUUUGUGAUAAAUGAUUGAUUCCAAAA